AUGGGUGAAGGUGGCCGCAAGCGGAAAUGGGGAGGCAAAGGUGGCAAGAGCAAAGCUGGCAGAGGAAAGAGCAAGGGCAAGGGUAAGUCCGGAUCCAAGGCCAAGCAGGACAAAGGCGCGCCAUGCAAGAGGCCGAAAGGGCCGGUCCCCCCAAGGGCCCUCCUCAUCACCAGCCACACACCGAGCCAAUGCAGCAAGGCGACUCGAGAAGCCAUCCGACUGCUGGAGGCCGCUUCGGAGGCGCUGCGAAAAGCGCCCGAAGCCAAAGAGGAGACUCCAGCCGCGCGGUCGGCAGGCGAGUCACUGGAGUCGGAGCUUCAAGCCUUGAGGGGGGACGGAGCAGCGAAGCCGCCGAGGCGACCUUUACACUUCUACUGUGAGGUCAGCCGCGGUGUUGCGCUCCUGGCCUGUCCGGGAGAGGAGGCUGUGGAUUUUCCUUCUCCGUCCGCGCUGGUGCAGCGUGUGUUUGCUCAGCAGCGUGAUGGCGGGCACGAUGUGCAGGCAGCGCGGUUCGUGUGUCGAAUGGCACCGUUUGAUUAUGUCUGCCCGCCCCAUCUCAAAAACUUCCAGGCAACUGCUGCGGCCGUUUUGCCCGGAGCACUUGCGAAAGCAAGAGAAGGCGCAGGUUGGUACUUCGCCUUCCACAGCCGCGCCAUGAGCACCAUCAAGCGCGAUGAAGCCAUGGGAGUGCUAAAGCAAGUGUUGGCCCCCUUGCCCGUUGAGCUCUCCGUGUCUGAUGCCGAGUACAUGGUUGUGAUCGAGGUGAACCCGGUUCUUUGCGGCUUCUCUGUUCUACAAGACUAUGAGGGUCUUCUCCAUGAGUGCAAUCUGCAGAAAGCCUGCGAAGUCUACGAGAACAAGGCGGCAAGUGAGCUCGAAAGCGAGGAUGAGCCAGAGGAGGAAGCAGACGACAGCGAGUCUGAUGAGGACGAGGGUGAGCCAGCAGCUGAGACUGAGAAUCCAGAAGCUGCCAGCAACCUGCCCGUGCACAGAGCCAAGACGAAGGAUGGCAAAGAGUUGGCCAUCAAGAUUCAGCGAGACAAGCUGAAGGAAAUGUACGAUCUGGACUUGGCGCAGUUUGACAAGAUUGCCGUCAUGCUGGACAAGUACAAGAUCGGGGUGGAGGGUGCUUCGCAGGUUUGGGUCGACAUGUUCGAGGAUGCGAAGGUCAUUCUCUACCGAGAAAUAGAUUACAUGGCGGAGGCCGAGAACACGCGACGGUGGACGGAGAAUUUCAAGAAGGUGAAGUGGGUCACGAGCCCUGAAGUCGUAGAUGAGUUCACUACCUCCAAAGUGUUGGCACUCACUUUCAUCGCCGGCACCAAGAUCUCGGACCUCGACAAGCUCGAAAAGCAAGGCUUCGACAGGACGCUGCUCGCCAAAAAUCUUGCGCAGGCAUAUCUGCUCCAGUUCUGCAAGUACGGCUUCUUCAACACGGAUCCGCAUCCUGGCAACUUGGCCGUGGAUGAUCAGUACCCUGGGGGCCGGCUGAUCUUCUACGACUUCGGCCAGGCAUGCGAGCUCACCGACGGCCAGGCAGAUGGCAUCCUGCAGGUGAUCCAGUCCAUUGUGGACUUCGAGGCCAAAGACUGCGUGAAGGCAAUGGACAGUUUGGGCUGCCUCAAGGAGGGGACCGACUUCAAGGCGGUGGAAGGUGUUGUUCAGAAGAACUUCGAAACCGGAAAGGUAAAGAGCAAGCGAAGCAAACGAAAGCGUGAACUGACAGAGGAAGAGCAGAACAAGAAAGCGCCAAAGCAGUCUGAGGUGAUGAAGUACUUCCAGCUCCCUCCAGCCCUUGCCUUCGUAUCCCGAGCGAUCACUCAAAUGCAGGGUGUCGGUGUAAUGCUGGACGAGGACUACGAGUUCAUUGACUUCGUAGCCGACAAGGCGACGCCAAAAUUGCAGAGUCAUCUUUCUGGCUAUAAUAUAUAUAAUAUAACAUAUAGUCAUCCUUUGGGCUCUUGGCAGUCUGAAAAGUCCUGUUAA